UUGUAAUAAGAUAUUAGAGAGCAGCGCAGGAGAAAAAUAUUUACUUUGGUUGGUUGGUUCUUUGUUUGACCAUUGAUUUGUACAUGGCUUGGAUUCUCAUAAUUUCUUCAAUCCCUCUUGUAUGGAUCAUUUUCCUUUGCAUACAUCUCCUUCUACCUCGCGUCUUCUUCACCAAACGUUUCGCGCAAAACGGCAGAGUAUUCCGGAAGAGAAAUGUCUUGUUGGUUAUUGCUCAUCCCGAUGACGAAUCCAUGUUCUUUACUCCAACUAUUAAUUUUCUGACUUCAAAGGGGCAUAACGUUCACAUACUUUGCUUAUCUAUUGGUGAUGCAGAUGGAAAAGGAAAUAUCAGAAAAAAAGAGCUUUUUCAGGCUUGUGUAGCCCUCAAGGUUCCAAUGCAACAAGUGAAGAUUUUCAACCAUCCAGAUCUUCAGGAUGGUUUUGGUAAAGUUUGGAACCAUAGCUUAAUGGCGAAGAUUAUUGAGGAAGAAACAACCAGUCGCUGCAUUGAUAUGAUUAUUACCUUUGACAACUAUGGUGUCUCGGGUCAUUGUAAUCAUCGUGAUGUGCAUUAUGGAGUAUGCAUGCUACUACAUGAUCCUCAAAGGGAUAUUGAAGUUUGGGAACUUGUUAGCACCAAUAUAUUGCGCAAAUAUAGUGGUCCUGUUGAUAUCUGGUUGUCCGUGUUUAUGGCCAUGCUGCAUUCAAAUGGAACAGUGCAGUGCCUGGUAAAUGAACAUUCUCGUAGGAGCUUUAUUGCAAUGGCCCAACACUCAAGCCAAUGGGUGUGGUUCCGCAAGCUUUUUGUUGCCUUGUCCAGUUAUACCUAUGUAAACACUCUAAGAAAGGUCUAAUGAUGUUGCAAUGAUGAAGUAGUUGUGUUGCUUGCGAGAUCAGCUUUCAUUUGUCGCAAUCCUGCUCUGUAUCUAUCAACUUCCUUCCGGGUUCAAGCUAUAUACAUUAUGUGGACUGUACCCUUGGGCUAAAGCAACCUUUCACUUUCUCAUGACAUGAUUGAACGGAAUCAGAACUAUUUUUCUUCCAAUUAUCCUGUGUGCAUAUGUUCAUUAACAGUGAUCUAAGUUUGUCAGAUUUUGUUUACUUAGUUUUCAAUUCUUUGUUUCGGUAAAGUAGCACUAUAAAUAUUCUUUACCACCGAUUUGUUGGCAAAUUUAAUAAAAUUAUUCCUUUAGUAUUA